AUCUCUGCUUUGUCUCGCUGCAACACAGCCGGCUCAUUUUGUACAUAGUGUUUAUUUGUACAUUUUGUGUAAACAUUGAUGUAAGAAAACUGUACAGUGUAUAAAAUCUUCUAAGCUUCGGAUAUGGCAAUGAUAUCUGGUGGCAAGCUUUGGUCUGAUAUUGAAGAAAGUUCUGAGAAUAACAUUCUUUCUACUGAUGAGAACUUGAAUAUGUGGAGAGAAUCUGCUAAUCCCCAGGGUUGGAGUGGAGCUAACUUGUCCUCUGUUCCAAUGAUUCCGCGUCGAGGUGGAGCAGCGUUCUCUGCAGGAGGGAUGGAGUCACAGCAAGUAACAGAUCAAUGUUUAGAGAGACACACCCUCUCCCCUCGGUCCAGCGCUAUGCAGAACGCUAUUGCAGAUUACGUGCUUGGAAAUCAUAAGAUGGAGAAUCAUCCGUACAACAACAACAUGGGCGGAUUGGAUCCUCGGGACGGGAUGGAUGGGCGGGGUGGAAUGGAUCGAGGAGAAUUGGACCCUAGAGGAAUCGAGUCUAAACUGGGUCGGCUCAACCUUCAGGACGAAAUGUCGAACAAGAAAAGAGAAUCAAGUCCUCACUACGCCGAGCUUAAGAGUGAGGACAACGGUAAUGACGGAGAGAACACUUAUAGGAUGGGAUCUAAGCACAGUUCUCCCUCCUGUGAUCCAGAUGCUGUCGCAAAACAAGAUCUAGGUUCCGAGGGCUCUUCUUACCCCGCCUCCCUAGAGGUUCCUGGUGCAGGACAGUUUGAGCAGGGUGAAGGGCAUGGAGUUGGAGCUGAGGGGAUUAUUGGAUUCCCUGGAGUACCCAACACAGACCAGAUGUUCCAGGAGGAUCAGGGAGUUUAUCGGGGAUUAACCAGUCAAGCUCAGCUCCAUCUUCUUCAACAACAGUUCCUGGCUCAACAGCAUCUAGCAGCAGGACAAAUAGGUGGAUUUCCUGGGAACAGUCCUUAUCUGAUAAACCCAGGGGUACAACAAGAUCCCUAUCUCCUCAAUCUAGGCCAAAAUGGUUUGCCCAUGCUACCUAUGUCCUACUAUGCUGGAGUCCCCUGGUACCCCCCUCCAGGGGGGCUUAUCCCCAACGGUACCCCCACCACACCGGGGCCACCUCAGAACGGAAGCUCAAGAAGCAGCAGUGGACGCCCAGGCAGUCCUGCAUCACAGAAUGGCGGUGGAACACCUGGACCUCAGGAUUCUCUCACCUCUCCUGCACCUUAUCAGAUGAUUCCAUUUUAUGAUACCAAUGGAGGGAUACGGCUUGGGCCAGGCGGAGGUGUUCCUCCUGUAAGGCUUGUGAACCCUGUGCUACCCAGCUUGAACAAUACCUACUCCAACAUGAACAUGUCUCCCAUAUCCUCGAUGGCCAACUCAAACCUCAGGCGGGAUAGUUUGGAUCGAAGUCAAACUUCUCUGUCUUCUCUAGACUUUGGUAAACCUAAAGGAUGGCCCAGCUAUGGAAACAUUGGAAGCAUUGGAUCUCCUACUCUUGGUAUGGGGGGUUCAGGGGGCUCCCUGACCCCGCCUCCCCUGGGGCUAUUUGAUAUGCGCCCCCGUCUUGGAGCAGGGGUAGAUAGAGCUUUUGCUCUCGGGGGAGGAAUAUUCCCUCCUAGAACUCCUACUCUUGGGCCCAAUCUUCUCUUCGGUCAGCCUGGAGGAAAUGUUAUGCCAGGACGAACCCGAGAGAACUCCGCUGGGUUGGAUAAAAACAGCAAUAGAUCCAGACUUCUGGAGGACUUCAGGAAUAGUCGGUAUCCUAAUCUACAGCUAAGAGAUAUCACAAAUCAUAUUGUAGAGUUUAGCCAGGAUCAGCAUGGAUCUAGAUUUAUCCAGCAGAAACUAGAGAGGGCUGCACCAGGAGAGAAGCAAGCAGUGUUUCAGGAGAUUCUGCCUCACGCCUACAAUCUGAUGACUGAUGUGUUUGGAAAUUAUGUUAUUCAAAAGUUUUUUGAAUUUGGUUCGGCAGAUCAGAAAUCACAGCUCGUCAAUAAGUUGCGCACGCAUGUUCAACCCCUGGCGCUGCAGAUGUACGGAUGCCGCGUAAUUCAGAAAGCUUUAGAGAGUAUCCCGUUAGAUCAACAGCAGAUGAUUAUACAGGAGCUGGAUGGGAAUAUCUUGAAGUGUGUCAAGGAUCAGAAUGGAAACCACGUGAUUCAGAAAUGUAUUGAGACCGUCGACUCUUCCUGUCUUCAGUUCAUUAUUGAUUCCUUCCGUGGUCAAGUUGUGAGUCUAUCCACUCAUCCCUAUGGAUGUCGUGUCAUUCAGAGGAUCUUGGAACACUGCAGCCAUGAACAGAAACAAGGAAUCCUGGACGAGAUCCACGCUAAUACUGAACAGCUGCUCCAGGAUCAGUACGGCAAUUACGUUGUACAACAUGUACUGGAUCAUGGAAAGCUGGAGGAUAAAUCUAUGAUUGUGAACGGUGUACGCGGGAAAGUCCUCCCACUGUCCCAGCACAAGUUUGCCAGUAACGUUGUGGAGAAAUGUGUGCAGAACGCGAGCAGAGCGGAGAGGGCUUUUCUUAUCGAUGAAGUCUGUACUGCUAACUCGGACAGCCCGUCUUCUCCGCUGCAUAUCAUGAUGAAGGAUCAGUACGCCAACUAUGUUGUACAGAAGAUGAUAGAUGUCGCUGAGCCAACUCAACGGAAAAUCCUCAUGCACAAAAUCAGACCCCAUAUCUCUACCCUGCGUAAGUACACUUACGGGAAGCAUAUCCUUGCCAAACUGGAGAAAUAUUUCCUCAAGAAUAACACUGAGCUGGGACCAAUUGGACCCCCUCUUACUAUGUGACUGGGAAAUACAGGAGAAAUCAUAGUUUACCAUCCGGCCGGUACAUAAUUGAUACUGUAGUACACUUCAAACUUAGUUGUACUGUACUGUCCUUGCCUCUACCCACUAGACUAUUCGGUGAUCUACCACCUACAAAUUACUACCUUUACUAAUAAGUUAUUUAAAUGUUCUUCUACAGAAUAUUUAUUAAUGUGGACAUAUCUAUAUACUUGAUAGCGAAAAAAAAACUUUCUUAUGUAUUUGAAUUAGUAAAAUUGACUCCCUCCCCACUUUCUUCUAGUAACUUCAGUAGCUAAUGAUAAGUAUUUAAUGUUUAACAUUUUAUGAAAAACAUUCUAAUUUAGUUUUUUUGUGCAAGAAUUGCCCGAGCACAUCGGGUCUUAUGCUUUUCCGUGUAUUUUAUAUAUUUUAUAUCAUAACAUUAUAGUUGAUAAGUAUUAUUUGUUGUAAACAAUUCAAGUAUUCUGGGUUCUGAAAGCGAUAACAAGACUCUAUAAGAGAAAAAAUCUAUUAUCGUUAAAACUCCUUUUAAAGAAAUACCCAAGUUUUUUUUAAAGAUUUUUUUUUGCAGUACAAAUUAAAAUCAUUUUAAGAAUUGAGCCGAAGGUCGAUCAUUUUCAACAAAUUGCGUAUUUUUAAAUACUAUUUAAAUAUUAUGUUAUGCCUUAGUUAUAAGUUUGUGCUAAGUUUGAUUAUUUUGCGAGAUCAAUUUUUAAUUUGUUUUUAUCAACUCUACGACGACAUUUUAUUUUAUCAUUUUAGCGCCAAAGAGCGACUUGCAUUUUAAUCUCGCAUUGUACAUCUUGCUUUUCUUUUAAAUAUGUGUAAAUAGUUUCGUUUGUUUAGUAGGUUAUCAUGUCUGUAUUUACCAUUUUUUACUUAGGCUCCGAAAAUGUAAAAAUGAGUGGUUUAAUGUUUUAAAAAGUCCUCGAAAGACAAAUUAUCGCUCAAUUUGAUCUCAUUUAAUGUAACCCACCACCCCCUUGGCUCUUGUACACAGCUUAAACGAUUGUAAAAAAAAUAAAAAUUUUAGGUGUUUAUAUGUGUAAAAAUGUUGAUAACUUUUUUUACCAAGAAUACAUUCAGUGUACAAAUUAAAUAAAAUCAAUAUUUUUUCUACCACUGUCAAGCCCCCUGACCUAAUAUGUAAAGAGAUGUAUACAAUGGAUUAAUGUUGAUCGGAUUUAAGGUAAAUGUAUUUAAAAUGUCCGACCUUACUCCUACAGUUUUAACCUGUAUUUUAUGCUGAAGUAAUUAUAAGAUUAAUAAACUAUCAAUAAACUUAUUUAAAGAAAA